AUGCCUGGCUCUACCGCGCAGACCAACAAGUUUCACACGUUUUACCUUCAGCAACGCUCCGACAAUUCCGUCACCUGGGCCGACAUCAAGGUUAACCAUCCGCUGGAUUACGAGAGCAUAAAGGAGUACAAUCUGACUAUACGUGUCGAGAACAAUGGCGCCCAACAACUCGCUUCUGAAGCAACCGUCUACAUUGUCCUGGUGGACGUUAACGACGAAAUACCUUUGUUCACCGAACGUGAGCAAGAAACUGUACUCGAGGGUGAACCAGUUGGCAGUAAGGUUACUCAAGUCAACGCGAUUGAUAAGGAUGGCACUGUACCGAACAAUGAGGUCACCUAUUAUAUCGUGGACAGCGACAGGAACGAGGGUAAAGAUUACUUCGAGAUCAACCGGGAGACGGGCGAGAUCGUGACGAAGGUGAUGUUCGAUCGUGAGAAGCAGAGCGCUUACGCGUUGGAAGUGGAGGCCAGGGACGGUGCACCAUCUGCGAGGCCCAACAGCAACGGUCAGCCGAAUUCGGGUAUGUAG